CCGCAGUUCGCCCGCUGCUGUGCAGCCGCCGUCGCCGCCUCGGCCCGGCACCCGCCGUCCCGCCGGGAAGGAGUCGGGACAGUUUCGGAUCUCAAGCAGACGGCCCUCUCCUAUUUAGUCGUGGCUUUUCCAAACCCUCCGAGGAGAGCGGGAUCUUUCGGUCCUUCCUGUAUAUCCGACCAUUACAGGAUCUAGAAAUGUCGACGACACUUUUAUCUGCCUUCUACGACAUUGACUUCUUGUGCAAGACGGAGAAGUCCCUGACCAACCUCAGCAGCAUGCUGGACAAGAAAGCCGUGGGGACCCCGGUGACCCCUCCCAGCUCCAGCUUCGCGCCGGGCUUCCUGCGGCGACACUCGACCAGCAACCUGACGGCUCUGGCCGGCGGCUCCAAGUUCCCCAGCCCUACCGGCUCCAGCUCUUCUUCCACAUCCUCCUCCUCCUCCUCGUCGUCGUCCUCCUCCUCGUUCGGCAAUCUGAAGGAGACGGGCUCCAGCGGAGGUGGCGGCAGCAGCAGCCCCACGGCCCUGCUCAACAAGGAGAACAAGUUCCGGGACCGCUCCUUCAGCGAGAACGGCGAGCGUAGCCAGCACCUCAUGCAACAGCUUCAGCAGCAGCAGCAGGCGGCCGGCAAGGGGAGCGGCUCCGGCGGCGGCGGCGGGGCCCCCAUCAACUCGACGCGCUACAAGACGGAGCUGUGCCGCCCCUUCGAGGAGAGCGGUGCCUGCAAGUACGGCGAGAAGUGCCAGUUCGCUCAUGGCUUCCACGAGCUGCGCAGCCUCACCCGCCACCCCAAGUACAAGACCGAGCUGUGCCGCACCUUCCACACCAUCGGUUUCUGCCCCUACGGCCCGCGCUGCCACUUCAUCCACAACGCCGACGAGCGCCGCCCGGCGCCUGGCGGAGGCACGGCCGCUCCCCCGCCCGCCGCCGCGGUGGGGCCGCACCACCACCCGCACCACGCGGCCCCGCACCCCGCCGGCAGCACCGGCGACCUCCGCGCCUUCGCCCCCCGCGAGCACCCGCUGGGCGGCGGCGGCUUCGGGCACCCGCGCGGCGGCGGCGAGCGGCCCAAGCUGCACCACAGCCUGAGCUUCUCCGGCUUCUCCGCCCACCACCACCACCAUCACCCCCCGCACCCCCACGGCACCGCCCCGCCGCCGCCGCCCGGUGGCCGCCUGGACGCCGCCCUGCUGGAGAGUCCCGGCGGUUCGCGCACGCCGCCGCCGCCCGCCUCCGCCUCCUACUGCGAGGAGCUGCUCUCGCCGCCCUGCGCCAACAACGCUUUCGCCUUCUCGGGGCAGGAGCUGGGCAGCCUCAUCGCCCCCCUCGCCCUCCACACCCAGAACUUCGCCGCUGCCGCCGCCGCGGCCGCCGCCGCCGCCGCCUAUUACCGUUGCCAGCAGCAGCCGCCGCCGCCCGGCGGGGCCUGCCCGCCGCCCCCCGCCUCGCCGCCCUUCAGCUUCCAGCCCCUCCGCCGCCUCUCCGAGUCGCCCGUCUUCGACGCGCCGCCCAGCCCGCCGGACUCGCUCUCCGAUCGGGAGAGUUACCUGAGCGGCUCCCUCAGCUCCGGCUCCCUCAGCGGCUCCGAGUCGCCCAGCCUGGACUCGGGCCGCCGCCUGCCCAUCUUCAGCCGCCUCUCCAUCUCCGACGACUGAGGGAGGACGGGGCAGCGGCCGGGGAGGGCCCCACGGCGGCCCUGCAAGUAAGUUACGGAACGAAGAAAGCGAAACCUCUCCUUCCUCUCUAUUU